AUGGGGAAUGACACAGGCCUCUGGACUUGGGUGUUGGCUCUGCUCUUCUGUCUGCCAGGUUUGAUCCUUGGAGCACCCUCAACUUCCAGUUGCCUAGGAGUCUGUGAUACCAACUCUCCAGAAGAAAUGCAGGAGUCCUGGGACAAGGACAUCCCUGCAAUUAACCAAGGCCUCAUCCCAGAGGAAACCCCAGAGAGCAGCUUUCUCCUCGAGGGGGACAUCAUCCGGCCAAGUCCUUUCCGGCUGUUGUCAGCUGCCAGUAACAAGUGGUCCAAGAGUAGCAGUGGCUUUGUGGAGAUCCCCUUCCUGCUCUCCAGCGAGUACAAUGAGCUCAGUCGGCAGGUCAUCCUGAAGGCGUUUGCUGAAUUUGAGCACCUUACAUGCAUUAGAUUUGUCUCCUAUGAGGGCCAGAGAGACUUCAUUUCCAUCGUCCCCAUGUCUGGGUGCUUCUCUAAUGUGGGGCGCAGUGGAGGGAUGCAGGUGGUGUCCCUGGCACCUGCCUGUCUCCAGCGGGGCCCUGGCAUUGUGCUGCAUGAGCUGAUGCAUGUACUAGGCUUCUGGCACGAGCAUGCCCGGGCUGACCGGGAUCGCUAUAUUCGUGUUAACUGGAAUGAGAUCCUCCCAGGUUAUGAAGUCAACUUCCUCAAAGCUCGGAGCAGUAACAUGCUAGUGCCUUAUGACUACUCAUCAAUAAUGCACUAUGGGAGGCUUGCCUUCAGCCGGCGAGGAAUCCCCACUAUCCUGCCACUCUGGGAACCCAGUGUCCACAUUGGCCAGCGGUGGAACCUGAGUGCCUUGGAUGUCAAACGGGUCCUUAGACUUUAUGACUGCAGAACAAGUGGCCCCUCUGAUAAAGGAAGAGGCUUCCAGGCCAACAGCAGUGGUAGGAGCUCCACUCCUUCCCCCAGGACAUACUUGCAGAGAUUCCUGGAGGCAUUGCUGGUGGAAUCCAGAAGUCCCCAUGCCAGUGGCUCUAAGACUGGAGGCCAGCGUGUUGCUGUAGGAUCUGGAGAGAACUCACCUGGACAGGAGCCCUCUCCUCAGCAGUUUAUCAUAGAGGCUCCUGCAGAGUUACCUCAGGCCCCAGUAUCCACCUCAAGCUCAAUGUUUGGAGCAGAUGCUCUUGGUAUUGUUUUGGAGCAGCCUCAGUUGGCUCAAGUGCCCACUGUACCUUCAUCUCCAUCUCUAGAAGCAGAAGAAAGUCAGCCAGGACCUGUUCAGGCUGCUUUGGGAAGUCCAGCUCUGGCAGGAGGUCAUGUACCAGGAAAUCACUUUAGGGGGAUGCCCAGAGGUCAAAGCUGUGGCUUUUGCCCCCAAUUCUCAGGCAGGGACCUCCUCUUCUUACUAGUCAAGGGGCUGGAGUUCGCCACCAUUUGCCAAAACACAAAACCCUUGGCUGAGUCUCAGAUCUGGGUGCUGUCUAGUCGGCCAGGAGAGUGGUCCUACCUUGAUAAUCUGCAGAUGCAUCAGCCCUACGUCCCAGUCUCCUCCCUCUUCCCGCCCCACUCUCCUUCCCACUCCCCUGCCACGGCGGGCUGCCUGCAGACGCGGCUCCAGACGAGAGCGAGAGAGCUGGGAGGACUCCUCGGCCUCCGCGUCUCUUCCGAAAACGGCUCUCGCACCCACCAGCUAGCUCCGUGCCCCACGGUGUGUCCAGCAGCCACGUGGUGGGAGGACGCAACUUUGCCCUGGUCCUCAGCAGAAAAAGGACGGCAGCAAGACUACUUGGAAAACUUCUCAGGGGCGGACGACAAGGACACCGGGAGCCAGUGGGAGAGGAUGUAG